AUGACAAAUCCAAGUGUCUUAGACCUUACUUUAGCCACAGAUUCAGUAUCUCCCUAUAUCACUGAUUGGCAAGUCCUCCCGGAUCUUGGAUCAGAUCACUUAAGCAUUCUCUUUGAAGUAAAGGGCACUUUAUCCCGUACAACGAAUAUAGCUCAGCCAGCAAGAUUCAAUACAAAACUUGCGGAUUGGGAAAAAUUCGCGAAUACCCUCAAAUCGAAAAUAUCGAUAUCAACUACCUUAAAUUCGAGUGAAUACCUUAAUAUCGCUACCUCAGAAUCCAACUCUCUUGAUUCCCUUCUCGACAAGAGCCAAUACAUACAAGUAUUGGAUGAAGCUGCAAAAGAAUUCACCCGAAUAAUCACUUAUUCGGCUGAAACCAGUAUACCGAGAAUCAAGUCCACAAAAAGAGCUAAACCCUGGUGGUCCCCAGAGCUGAAAGCCCUUCGAAAACGACUCUCUAAUGCAUUUGAGAACGCCAAACUUUACCCGGAAGACAAUAUGUUCAAGAAAAUCUAUCAGUCAGCCAGGAAUCAUUACUUCCAAGCUAUUAAAACAGCAAAGAAAAACCAUUGGAAUGAGUUCCUUGAAAAAGAGGAUACCCAAUCCAUAUUCAAGGCAAUGUCAUACACAAAAGAUAUACAAACCGAACGAAUCCCGAAUAUUCGAUCCAAUCCCUCUAAACUAGAAAAUUCUUUCGAGGGAAAAUGCUCUGCAUUUAGAUCGACCCUAUUUCCUCCUCCUCCAUUCACCCCACCGCCCAAUUGGGAAAGCUAUAAACAAUCUAAGAAAUGGGAAUGGCCUGAUCUUACAGAGAGCGAACUCCUAAACGCGUGCUCUGCAAAAAUCAAAGGAAAGACCCCUGGCCCCGAUGGGAUUACUCAAGAUAUCAUUAUUCAAGCGCACAAAGCAAUACCAAAAGCAUUUUUCACCCUCUUCAGUCAUCUUAUCAACCUUGGUCACCAUCCUUCUUGCUGGAAACAAGCCACUGGAGCGAUACUCAAGAAACCUUCAAAACCAGACUACUCGGCCCCAAAAGCUUAUAGAGUUAUCGCCCUACAAAAUUGCCUUGGCAAAAUAAGUGAAAGAAUUCUGGCUCAAAGGCUUAGCUACUUAGCGGAGACUACGCAAUUACUUCAUUACUCUCAAAUGGGUGGAAGACAAAAGAAAUCAGCCAUCGAUACAGCAAUCUUACUCACUACCGAAAUCGAAAGGAAUUCAAGAUCCAAGAAGAAAACCUCAACUCUCUUCCUGGAUGUUAAAGGCGCCUUUGAUCAUGUAUCUAUGAACAAAUUAUUAGAUAUCUGCAAGAACCUAAACCUCCCAACCAGCCUAAUCGCCUGGAUCUCAUCUUUUUUGAAGGAAAGGCUACUCAAGCUCUCAUUCGAUGGCCAAAUUGAAACCUUCAAACCGAUCAAUACCGGGAUCCCCCAAGGCAGCCCUAUUUCGCCAAUCCUCUUCUUAAUUUAUAUUCGAGAUCUAUUCUCAGCAAAUUCAAUCAAAUAUCUCUCAUAUAUAGAUGAUAUAGCUUUAACAACAUUUUCAACAUCCUGGAAAAAGAACUGUUGGUACGAGAAGGAUACGGAAGACGUAGCACCCACGGAUUACAGCUAG